AUCUUCCACAGUCAAAUACAUACCUCACAGCACAUAUCCCUGUCAAUUGCGCGAUCAUACCCCAUACCCCACAGUAUCUCUGUUCUCUCAAUAGUACCACCAUGACCACUACCCACCAUUCCGUCGAGUAUGCAGAGGAGGCUCCUCACCUCGUGAACAAGGCGGCGCCAAGAAUCUCUUAUUUUACUCCAGCGCAAGAACCUCCGUCAGGCACUGCUUUGGACGAGAACGUUCCGAAACUCUUCAAGCCCCUGAAAAUACGAGGCCUCACGCUUCAAAACCGUAUCGCUCUGUCGCCUCUCUGUCAAUAUUCCGCCGAAGAUGGACAUUUUACCGAUUGGCACUUGGCACACUUGGGCGGCAUCAUUUCCCGCGGCCCAGGCAUUGCUAUCUUUGAGGCUACUUCUGUAACUCCACAAGGCCGUAUCACUCCAGAAGAUUCCGGUUUGUGGCAAGAUUCACAGAUUGCACCACUGAAAAGGGUGGUGGACUUCGCACACUCUCAGAACCAGAAGGUGGCCAUUCAGUUGGGACACGCCGGUCGCAAGGCAUCUACCGUUGCCCCGUGGUUAUCAUCUGGUGCCGUAGCAGGCCCAGAACUGAAUGGCUGGCCAGACGAUGUAUAUGCUCCAUCUGCAAUCCCGUUCAACGAACACCACGCCACUCCCAAGGCUAUGACACUCCAAGACAUCCAAGACUUUAAGACCGCAUAUCUCAAGUCUGUCAACAGGGCUCUGAAAGCUGGUUUCGACGCCAUCGAGAUUCACAACGCUCAUGGCUAUUUACUCCAUGAGUUUCUGUCCCCAGUCUCCAACCAACGUACCGAUCAGUACGGUGGAUCUUUCGAAAACCGCGUCCGUCUAACCCUUGAAGUUGUGUCCAUGGUCCGCAAUGCGAUUCCUGAGGACAUGCCCCUGUUUCUCCGCAUAUCAGCGACCGACUGGCUCGAAGAGACCGAACUCAAGGAUCAGUCUUGGAGGGUAGAAGACACGAUCCGUCUUGCACCACUCCUCGCCGCGCGAGGUGUAGACCUCCUCGAUGUAUCUUCCGGAGGCCUACAUCCUCUUCAACACCCACACACUGGGCCAGCAUACCAAUCUCCGUUUGCAAAGGCAGUGAAGGAGAAGGUUGGCGAUAAGAUGCUGGUUUCUACAGUUGGGUCCAUUACGGAGGGUAAACAGGCGAACCAACUGCUUGAGGAUGGACUCGAUGUUGUCAUUGCUGGCCGUAUCUUCCUGAAAAACCCAGGUUUGGUGUGGGCUUGGGCAGAAGAGCUUGGUGUGGAGAUUAACAAGGCCAAUCAAAUCCGCUGGCCCUUUGGUGGGCGUGGGAAGAAGGCUGGUGCGCAUAAGAAAUGAAGAGUGGUAGGAAACAUUAUAGAGUGUCUUAGAUCGAACAGAGCAUAGAAGAACAGCGCGUCGAAUUCAAAGUAACAAUGUAAAGAAUAUUAGCCUUCAUAGACCUAGCUGCGUUCCAUGACUGUUUCCGCAAAGUGAGUGCACAACUGAAUCAGGCAAUGCUCUUCAGUGCGCCAACCAUGCGCCUUGCUCUUCCGGCGGGCAUUUUCAGCGCGUCGGGAAUAAUCGCCAUGCGCAGCAUCUCGCGAUUGACAUGGCGACGCGCAAUCGAAGGCGAAUUCGAAAGCUUGUAGUUUCUCAGUAAGCCAGGCGAGUGUUGAGUGAGUGAUAAUUAGUGAUAGUGAUGGGAUAGACAUGAGCUUGCAGCUUGGCUCCUUUAGCACAGCCACUCGCUGCCUUCGCCGCGUCCGCG